AUGAUUAGAGAUUCGCACCUAUUGGAAGGUUGGACUGCCGAAAAUGAUCCAACUAUUAUUAGAGAAUCGCACGUAUUGGAGAGUUGGUCCGUCGAAAAUGAUCAAACUAUGAUUAGAAAUUCGCACGUAUCGGAGGGUUGGACUGCCGAAAAUGAUCAAACUAUUUUUAGAGAUUCGCACGUAUCAGAAGGUUGGACUGCCGAAAAUGAUCAAACUAUGAUUAGAGGUUCGCACGUAUCUGAGGGUUGGACUGCCGAAAAUGAUCAAACUAUGAUUAGAGAUUCGCACCUAUUGGAAGGUUGGACUGCCGAAAAUGGUCAAACUAUUAUAAGAGAAUCACACGUAUUGGAGGGUUGGACUGUCAAAAUUGAUCAAACUAUGAUUAGAGAUUCGCACCUAUUGGAAGGUUGGACUGCCGAAAAUGAUCAAACUAUUAUUAGAGAUUCUCACGUAUGGGAGGGUUGGACUGUCGAAAAUGAUCAAACUAUUAUUAGAGAUUCACACGUAUCGGAGGGUUGGUCUGUCGAAAAUGAUCAAACUAUUUUUAGAGAUUAG